GAGCCCAGGGCGUAGAGUCCAACAGACUGCGCUCCUGGGAGCCUUACCGAUGGGCAGGACUACAGAAUAGUACCCCUAAAUGGAGAGAGAUUACAGGGCUGAUCAGAAAGGAUGAGAAACAAGAAAGUUACUCUUUAUUUCUGAAAGAGAGCAUUCUCCGAUUCUUCCUCCACCUCAAUCCCUGUUGCUAUGGAGACCAUCAAUGGGACUGAGACCUGGUAUGAGAGCCUGCACGCUGUGCUGAAGGCUUUAAAUGCCACUCUUCACAGCAACUUGCUCUGCCGGCCAGGGCCAGACAACCUGACUGAGGAGAAGCGGGCCAGCCCGCCUGGCCGCAAUGAUAACUCCUACAUGUACAUCCUCUUCGUCAUGUUCCUCUUUGCUGCCACUGUGGGCAGUCUCAUCCUCGGAUACACCCGCUCCCGCAAAGUGGACAAGCGCAGUGACCCCUAUCAUGUGUACAUCAAGAACCGUGUGUCUAUGCUCUGAUGCUAAGAAGCCAGGGAUGGCAGAAGAUCAAGAUACCUGAGGAUUAUCUUCUGGGGACUCCAGAACUCAGCUGUGGGCCAUAUCCAGCCUCUGUGUCCUUAUCUGUAAGGUUAACAAGAAACAGUGCUAAAGGAGUUCAUUGUCAGGGUGGGAGGAGAUCUGGCAGACCUGGGCCUUGUGGAUAAAGGACUUUUCCCAGCAAAGAUAGCCGUUCUAGCCAGUGGGAGCCAUGUGAACAAAUACAUAGACAUAGCAGAUGGUAACGAUAACCCUAUAUGCAAAACAGAAAAAGAGACUCAGAUGUAUAGAACAGACUUGUGGACUCUGGG